CAGUGGCUGUCAGUGCGUCGUGCCCUUCAGCCUGCCGUCCGUCUGUCCGUCCAGCUAACAGCAAUCAUGGCCUCCGCCAGCCAGCGGCUCCUACUCCGCUGCAUGUCUACCGCCGCUGCAGCCCCCAUCAAAAAGCUGGUCAUUAAGCACGUGACGGUGAUCGGAGGGGGCCUGAUGGGAUCCGGUAUAGCGCAGGUGGCUGCAGCUACUGGUCACACAGUCGUAUUAGUGGACCAGACAGAUGACAUCCUGAAAAAGUCUAGAAAAGGUAUUGAGGACAGCUUGAAAAGGUUGUCCAAGAAGAUGUUUGCUGAGAAGCCUGAGGCUGCGUCCCAGUUCAUUGAGAAGACCUUGUCAAACUUAACAACUAGCACGGACCCAGCCACCGUAGUACACAGCACCGAUCUUGUGGUGGAAGCCAUUAUUGAGAAUUUGGACAUAAAGCACGAGCUCUUCAAGAGGCUGGAUAAAUUUGCCCCAGAACACACCAUAUUUGCUAGCAACACAUCGUCAUUGCCAAUCACAGAUAUUGCCAAUUCCACAACCAGGCAGGACCGGUUUGGAGGGCUGCACUUCUUUAACCCAGUGCCAAUGAUGAAGCUCGUAGAGGUCAUUAAAGCUCCAAUGACCAGCCAAACAACGUUUGAAUCUCUGAUAGAUUUCAGUAAAGCUCUUGGAAAGACUCCGGUGUCCUGUAAGGACACUCCUGGCUUUAUUGUCAACCGUCUUCUUGUACCCUAUUUGAUGGAAUCUGUCAGGCUUCAUGAGCGUGGACAUGCAUCAAAAGAAGACAUUGAUGUUGCGAUGAAGUUAGGAGCUGGUUACCCGAUGGGCCCUUUUGAACUCUUGGACUAUGUUGGCCUUGACACAAGUAAAUACAUCAUUGACGGAUGGUACGAGAUGGAGCCAGACAAUCCUCUGUUUGCUCCUAGUGAAUUGCUGAAUCAGUUGGUCGCUGAGAAGAAGCUUGGGAAGAAGACUGGAGAAGGUUUUUAUAAAUACAGAUAAAUCUACGCUGAAGCCACCCAUCCUUCAUAUUUGAAGGAUAUAUUUUUUAGGUUCUGUACAUUUUGCGGCAUAUGCCAUGCUUGCCAUGUAACAACUGUAUAAUGACCGUUAUGUUUUUCAAUGAAAAUAUAAUCAUUACCGUUGUACUAGCUUGCUUUCUGUUUAACAGGAAAUUCAUAUUGAUUACUUUUGCAUACUCGAGUCUGUACACACACUAGUGCCUUAGUCUAAUAAUUCUCCAUCCACGGUCAAAAUGCUUUUUUGUACAGCUACCUAAAAAUGUUAUAACUGAGCUGCUUUUUUGGAGGUAAUAAAACAUUGCCAAACUUG